CAACGGUGGUGUUGUAUUUGAAAAAAACCAUAAGCUGCUUGACGUUUCGAUUUUCGAUGGUCCGAUCGUAGACUUUUGUAAAAUCUUUUUUUACGUGUAAAUGCCAUUGAUUUACUGGUUUACAAUCGAAACUGUAUAAAAUCGCACAUAGAAAUUACGAAGUCGGUAAAAUUUGCCUGCAUUUAUAAGCGUUAAACAUUGUAGACAGGAAAAAAAAUCUUAAACGAAAAAAAAAAUGGCUGAGUCCGUGGUGGUUUUGGAAGAUCAACUUCAUAAUUCACAUAAAUACUUUUGCCAUAUGUGCUCGGCAGAAGUUGAAAACGUAACUGCAGAGUACACCUGCCCAAUAUGCUCCAGUGGAUUUGUUGAAGCAUUACCAGCUGAUCGCGCACCAGAAUCGAAUCCCGAUGUUGAAAUGCAAGAUGAUCCACACUUUAAUAUAAAUUCCAGACUGACCGAUGAAAUAUCAUCGAUUUUAAUGUCAGUCGCCGGUAACCAGCAACUAUUCGUAGUAGAUGAUAACAACGAUUCAUCCGCUGCACCGACAUCACAACAGGAUGCUGGUAGUCGCCGUCGUCGUAGAUUUAGCGUACACAGUUUACACGAUUUCGAUAGUAUCGUUCAGGAUUUUAUAGUAUCGCUGACCGGUGGUGCAGGUGGUGCCGGUCAACCCAUGUACAUUAUGGGAAAUCCGGGCGACUACGUGUACAGUAGAGAUAGUCUAGACACCAUUGUUACACAACUGUUGUCACAAAUGGACGGUACCGGACCGCCUCCGUUGACAAAAGAUAAAAUUGCUGAAAUUCCAAAAGUUGCUGUUACUGAGGAACAGGCCAAUUCCAAGUUGCAAUGUUCGAUUUGCUGGGAAGAUUUUCAGAUAACUGAAACGGUUAGACGAUUACCGUGCGUGCACAUCUACCAUGAAAACUGCAUAGUUCCUUGGUUGGAGCUCCAUGGUACAUGUCCAGUUUGCCGUAAAACGCUCAAUGAUAAUCCUGAGGAACAGUCACAAGCAGACAUUUCGAAUAGUUUUCGAACAGUAGCUGCCAUGUAUCGAAAUGAGAUGGGAGCAAGUAGUAGUAGCAGUAGCAGUAGUAAUAAUGCGUCCUAUAAUACACCCAAUAUUACCCAACCAUCGAACCGUACGGCAUCCUCAAUAAGACGAACUCGUAGCCUGACCCGACGACAACAACAGCCACCGCCCGCACCACCGUCACAGUCGACAAAUGAACGUAUGCGGGAUGACGAUGGUAACAUUGAUUACGAAUUUGAUUAAAGGAAACAGAAAUUUGUAAUUUAAAGAAAAAUUACGUAAAAAGCGAUGCGAUAUGUGUUGGUUAUUACAUACAGCGUGUCUGAAUUUUGAAUUGGAAAUCAUUUUCUUUUUCAUUUAAUUUUGUUGAAUUGCAAUUUUUUUGCAGAGUGUUUUGCAUGGCACUUUACAAUUAUUAUCGUAACCAAUUUUAUGAACAAAAAAAAAACAAAAAAUGAAAAAAUUCCAUGCAUCGCUUUUCAUUAACCACUCUCCCAUUGUAAAACUUUAUACUAUAAAAAAACGGAAAAACCAACAUCAAGGUCCCAAAAUGGAUGAAAUUAAAAUUGAAUGUAACAAAA